AUGGCGGGGCUUGUGUUCUUAUCGAUUCUAGCUUUGGUUGUGGCGAUUCCACACACCACUCUGGCCUUAGAACUCGUAGCCUCCAACGCAAGUCCAGCGUCCCCAGGAGGGCAGCGCUUCGACGCGGAGCUGGGCAUCAACGGCGCCCUGUCCAUGAUGGUGGACGCCAUCCACUACAUACAAAUGGCCUUCGCCUACUCGAGCCCGGCCACCCCGAGAAAGACCGUCGACACAAUCACUUUCACUCUCGAGGACAUGCCCGGCGUCGCCUACACGUACGGCAGCCAAUUCCACCUCAGUGCCUCGUACGUGGCGGGUUACACUGGCGAGUUCCAGCGCGAGAUGCGAAGCAUUGUCUACCACGAGAUGACUCAUGUGUGGCAGUGGGACGGCAAGGACGGGAACCGGGCGCCGUCUGGACUGAUCGAAGGGAUCGCGAGCUUCAUCACGCUCAGCUAUGUGAAUGAUCUCAGGCCCGGGUUUGUGACGGAGCUCAAUUCCAAGCUCGCCACCGGGUGGAGCGAGAGCUUCUUCAGUGACCUUACGGGGAAGAGCGUGGAGCAGCUUCUGCAAACUUUUAUUAAUGGAAUCUGUGUUUGUCAUCACCUCACAGCUGAUCCACGCUCUUUCCAGUCGGAUCCUGGAAGUAGCUCUCGAAAUGCCUUGUCCCGGCAUUUGCAACAACGCUAG